GAUUAAACUCACGUAUGAUUAAGAUAUGGCGAUUUACGAGUGAAACAAAACAAAACACAAUCAAAUAAGGGGAGGGGGGGGGGAAACAUAAAAAAAAAAUUAGAACGUUUGAUAGGCUGCCGUUUGUUGGUUUUGAUUAUCACAAUAGCUUGAGAAGCCCAAUUGAUUUUCUGGAAAAGUAAAAGGAAUAAUACUGCACUCAGCAUGAAUAGUACAAACACAUUUUUUUCCAGCAAGUAACAGAGAAACAGAGAAACAAACUUAGCAAUCAUUGAACUUUUGAUUACACACUUUUCACGUUUUAUUCCGUUCCCAACACAUAAGGCGGGAACUGUCGAUUGAAAAUAGUGCAUCAUUGAGACCAACAUGGCGGAUCCAGAUCCAGAGCGCCAUCUGAAAAAAGUGCUGAAUGUGAUCGGGGUCAGUACGAAAAUCGGCAAUGUGGUACAGCUGGUCAAGCGCAGACGCGGGAGUCCACCGAAGAUUACGGAAGAGCAGGAAAUCCAACUACGGCUCGAGAAAUCGAAAGAGGCUCGCUCGGAACGUCUCAACAUUUUGGCCACCAAACAUCGCCAUGUGCUGGAGGUGGGUGCCUACAUUUUAGCCGAAGAUCAAGAUUUUGCUGCCGAAUGUGUUGCGGAUCGCAUGGCGGACGUGAAGUUGCUGGACAGCUUUUUCGAACCAGAGGGCGUGAAGGCAUUGCUGUUGUUUUAUGGCAUGUGUCCUCCGCCGGGGAUGGAUACGGGAAGAUACAACGCAAAGAUGAAACAGGACACUAAUCAAGUUUGGAUCACCGAUGGGCGCAGUGGUAAAGUGACGGUGGUGUGUGUCGGAGUGUGCCGCCACAGCAAUGUCAAACCAAUUGAAACCAAAGGACUCAGCGAUGAAAUUUUGUUCACCUACAUCACAAUACCAGCAGGAUGCUCGAUCGUCUACAGCUUGGUAUCUAUUUUGGAGAAGGUGCUUAAACCAGCCAUCGAUCAUAUCCGGGACUAUGGCCAUUGCAAUGAGGUUCAGAAGAGCAACUUCAAGUACGGUGUGAAUCGGUUCAUCAAUUUUCUCAAAAGCACCGAAAAAGACAUAUCGCAGCGAAUCAUUUUUGAUGUGGAUCGCGACCUGUACCUGGGCUUCCUCUUGACAGCAAUUCAGGUAAAAGAAACGGCUCGCGAUCGUGACCGGAUGGGACGUGUUGAGCAAAUUUUCAGUCGAUGGAUGGAGCAGGUUCAGUAUGCUCUCACUCAGGGCGAUCAGAUCGAGCAAGCGCCCCAUUACGUCGGACCACUGGUGGAGCUGGAAUAUUGGCGUACUAUACUGACGCGCUACACCUCGAUCAGUGAGUUUACGGAGAGCAAAGUUUUUCUUCAAUUUUUGGAAUCCCUUAAAAUUUCUCGUGGCAAGUUGGUCAAAGUGUGGGAAGGAUUAGCGGCAGAAUUGUCAAACAAAUUGAUCGAGUCGCGGGACAACGUACGUUUCAUCAGCUCAAUCGAACGGUUUUGGGAUCCUUUGUACCGAUGUGAACCACAGGAGGCAACGCGUAGCAUUCCAAGCCUGCUGGAAGUUAUCCGUCACGUGUACAAAUCGUCCAUGUAUUACAACACGUCGGAUCGUAUCACAGGGCUGCUGACAAAGAUUGCCAAUCAAAUCAUCAUCAACUGUCGGCUGUUUCUCACUGAUCGCGGAACGAUCCGUAUAUACCAUCAACCGAAGAAGGUAUUGAUCAGUAAAAUCACCAUCUGCCACAAUCUGGAUGCUGCCUUUCGCGAUAGCUACAAUCAAACGGUACAGAAAAUGACGGACAGCCCGACUGAAACACCCUGGGAAUGCUCGCAGGUGUUUGUUUUUGGGAAGUUGAACCACUUCAAGCUACGGUUGGCACGAAUAUUAGAAGUCAUGGAGCUGUAUCUGAAAUAUGAAAUUAUCGACCAGGUGGCCAUUUCUGGCACGGAAGUGUUCUCAGGACGAAUUAAAGCGGCGUACGAAACACUCAUCUCCAAACCUUACGAUCCGCUGAUUUACACCGAACACCAGUUCGACACCGAUUAUGAAUGCUAUCUUAAAGAGGUGGAAACCGCCGAGUCAGGUCUUCAAAAGUUUCUCAAAACUCAGCUAGUUAACGAGCGUACUGUCGAUAGUAGUCUUUUGAUUUUGCGGAGAUUCGAAAAAUUACAACUGGACUGUUUGUGCAUCGACCGUCGCUAUCUGGAUGUCGCAAUGAUGCUGGAAAACGAAAUUUUUCAGCUCAAGGAUAUCUACAACGAGCAUCGGGCGAAUCCACCAUUGCCGUACGGUGUCCCAGAAACGGUUGGGCGCAUCAUGUGGGCUCGGGCGCUAUUUCGACAAAUGGAUGUUCCGCUUGCUUCCCUCAAAACCCGAACAUGUGUCUUAAACCACCGAAAGGCACAACUAUGCAUCAAAUAUUAUAACUAUCUGUGUGAAGUGUUGAUUCACUACGAGUUGCUGCAUCACAAAGCAUGGAUGACGUUUGCAGAACAGGCUCGCACUAAACUGUCCACACCGGUGUACCGUAAGCGAUCCUCAGAUAACUGGUUGGAGCUCAACUUUCAUCCAUGGAUCAAACAAGUCAUCAGGGAAACGGAAGUAAUACUUAAGCUCGGUUUAAGCGCACCCGAUUUCACCAUUGUAUUGGUACAAACCAAGGAGAAAAUCUACCAUUGCUUUGAAAGAGCGAAGCAUCUGUUACAAAAAAACAAUGCACUGCGUUUAGCCAUCCCAGCGAUAUUUCUACCUUUGAUGAGAACAAUGUUGGUGAAAUUGGACGCAGUAUUCCUACCCGGGCUGUGCGUUAUUACAUGGGAAUCUUUGAACGUUGAUAAAUAUCUGGAUGAUGUCGAAAUGACGCUAGUGGAAACGGAACAGUUCUACAAGGAAGUUCACGACAUUUGGCAGGCUCGCGUGGAAGACACGUUGAAUUCCUUUGAAAGCACCGACCUUCUGACGCUCCCGGCUGACCCAGUGGAUCCGAACGAAUUUUACGACAUGAACAUUCGCUAUCGCCAAUCGGUGCAAGUGUACCUGGAAAAGAAGUCACAGGCUAUGGAAGGUGCAGUUAUAGAGCUGAUCAAUAAGUUUGUGCAGAAAAUCGAAGUUCCCGAUAGUGAUGAUCGUGGCAACCGAAGAUAUCAACUUCCUCUUGAUCAAAUCAACGAUGAGAAUAGGCGCCAAGAGGAGCAACUUCCGACAGACAAAUUUGACUGGAUUCGCUUCGACAAACUGUAUAAAACGCCUGCCAACCCAACACCAGAAGCACAUCUGGAAGCCCUUUUCCAGGACUAUGGAGCGCUCAACUACGACGUCAGUACGCUCCACAUUGACUGCAUGGAGCUGUUUGCAUAUUUCAACAAUCGAAUCAUAAAUGUGUUCGUACGCAUGGUGAAAAACUCAUUGGAAAAGCUACGCUCAAGACUCGAACUGGUGCGACUUCAGCUAAACAAGGCAGCCAUUUUAAGCGAAAUCCAUCCACUCAUCGUUACCGCGAUGCAAUUACAGACCGACUGCUGUGACAUAGUACCCUCGCUGGAAGACAUACAGUUUUCGUUCGAAAGAGUUGUGCUGAAUGUGGUUGAAACUUUCUACGCCAUUUCGACCUGGGGCCGGCAAGCAAAGUCAGCCGAAAGAAAAACGCGACGUCCCGUGUUGGCAGAACAGCGCGCCGAACGAGAUUGGUUCAAACUCAUUUCUGAGCACAAGGAGGUGACUAGAAUGAAGCACGAGUUUGAUGGCGGUAUGUUGCUACUGAAGCCCGACAUUAGUUACGUUUUGAAGCAAGUCUACAAUCAUUACGAGUACCUUUGGAAACAAAAUUUGUUCACUGUGGCUCUGGAAGCAAAGCCGGAGUUGUUCGAAAAGAUCAAGGAAGAUCUUGCAUCCGUCACAUACAGCAGUCACAUCGGGCCGAUCGUCAUCCAGCUAGAUGCUGUGGUAGAGCUUGUGCUUCGGCGUUUCUUCGCUUUCUACAACAUUCGGAUAGAAGAGAUUGUUGACUUUAUCACUAAACACGAUGAAACGCUCAAACGAACUCUUACCGAUUUGGACGACAUUCGCAUGGCGAUGGAUUGUUUGCAAACGGUGCAGGACAACUUUUCUUUCAUUGACGUCGAUCUAACGUUUAUCGAGCAAACCUAUCGUACGCUGGCCGACUUUGAGCAGCUUGGAAUAACUCAGGAGCAGGUGGAUAACGUGUAUGGCAUUCGCGACACUUUCAAGUCAAUGAUCAAAUUGGUAGAAAAGGUCGAAAACGACAUCAUAGCCCUGCAGGUGCCGCUGCAGCGAGAACUCGCGGCAGGAGUAGCCAAGUUCAAGGAGGAAAUCACUGGAUUUGAUGAAGAGUUUGAAACGAACGGACCGAUGGAGGAAGGCAUUCCGGCGAAAGAAGCUAGCGAUCGGUUGCUCAUGUUCCAGGGACGCUUCGACGAGCUGUGGCGCAAGUUCGAAAUGUACGCUAACGGUGAAGCGUUCUUGGGGCUGAAAGUGAACGACUAUCCCGUGUUGCACAAGCGAAAGAAGGAGUUUAACCUGCUGAACAAACUGUACUCAUUGUACCUGCAAGUGAUGAAAAGUAUUGAUCAGUACUACGAAACCCCAUGGCAGGAUGUGAACAUAGAGAACAUCAAUGCAGAGCUCACCGACUUCCAGAAUCGUUGUCGAAAGCUUCCCAAAGCGAUGAAGGAUUGGCCCGCUUACAUCGAGCUGAAGCAGAAGAUCGAUGAUUUCAAUAACAGUUGUCCAUUGCUGGAGCUUAUGUGCAACGAAGCAAUGAAAGACCGUCACUGGGAAAAGCUGGAACAGAUGCUGGACUGCAAGUUCGAUGUUACCAAUCCCACCUUUACCCUCGGCAACAUCAUGGAAGCACCGUUGCUCAAGUUUUCCGAUGACAUCGAAGACACUUGUAUCGGAGCUGUGAAGGAAAAUGACAUCGAUACCAAGCUGCGCACGGUCGUCGCCGAAUGGUCCACGGUGAACCUCCAGUUUGCCGCCUUCAAGACACGUGGCGAACUGCUCAUCAAACCUGCAGAAACCGUUGAGAUCAUAUCGAUGCUCGAGGAUAGUAUCAUGAUCGUGAAUUCCUUGGCUUCAAACCGAUUCAAUGCACACUUCAAAAAGGACAUUAUGAUGUGGUUACACAAGCUGGUGAACACUGGAGAAAUCCUGGAAAAAUGGCUACAAGUACAGAACCUGUGGAUAUACCUGGAGGCAGUAUUCGUUGGCGGAGAUAUCUCCAAACAGCUGCCACAGGAUGCCAAACGGUUCGCGGGAAUCGACAAGAGCUGGGUGCGCAUAAUGUUUCGUGCACGAGACAAUCCAAACGUUGUGCAGUGCUGCACGGGUGAAGACGUCAUGUCCUACACGCUUACUUCUCUGCUGGAGCAGCUAGAAACAUGCCAGAAGUCGCUUACUGGAUACCUCGAAUCAAAGCGACUGUUAUUCCCUCGCUUUUUCUUCAUUUCCGAUCCGGUGUUGCUGGAGAUUCUUGGUCAAAGUUCCGAUCCCACUUCCAUUCAGGCGCAUCUGUUGAGCAUUUUCGAUGCAGUUGCCAGGGUGGAGUUUGAUGAAAAAACGUUCGGAAAAAUCGUUGCCCUGUAUUCGGAUAACGGCGAGCGUGUUCCUUUGACCAAUCCCGUAUUUUGUACCGGCGGUGUAGAGUUGUGGCUCGGAAGCUUGUUAGCUGAAAUGCAGGACACUAUCCGGACAAUCUUGGCUCACAUGGCACACUGUCUUGCCAGUCCUGAUUUCAACUUUAUCGUCGGAUUUCAAGAAUAUUGCGGACAAGCGGGACUCGUUGGAGUACAGCUGCUGUGGACAAAUGAAGCUGAGAUAGCACUCAGCAGAUGCCGCACGGACAAAGCAAUCAUGCGCGUGACGAACAACAGGUUUCUGAACCUUCUGAACAGUCUCAUUGAGCUGACGGUGAAGGAUUUAACGAAGCUGGAACGCAUUCGGUUCGAAACAAUGGUUACGAUCCACGUCCACCAACGUGACAUCUUUGACGACUUGGUUCGCUUCCGCAUUCGAACUGCCAUGGAUUUUGAAUGGCAAAAGCAGGCUCGAUUUUACUACAUUGAAGAAACAGACGAUGUGAUUGUGAAGAUAACGGAUGUCGACUUCAUCUACCAAAACGAGUAUCUCGGCGUAACGGAGCGAUUGGCCAUCACACCGCUUACUGAUCGGUGUUAUAUAACGCUCGCACAAGCGAUCGGUAUGUCGAUGGGUGGAGCGCCAGCAGGACCCGCGGGUACAGGCAAAACGGAAACCACCAAGGAUAUGGGCCGUGCGCUGGGAAAGUUGGUGGUGGUCUUCAAUUGUUCUGAUCAGAUGGACUUCCGUGGCUUGGGACGUAUUUACAAAGGUCUUGCGCAAUCUGGCUCAUGGGGUUGUUUUGAUGAGUUCAAUCGUAUCGAGCUCCCUGUGCUGUCCGUAGCUGCGCAGCAGAUUCACAUCGUACUUACUGCCAGAAAAGAGAAGAAAACGUCCUUCUUGUUUAGCGAUGGCGACACCGUUUCGUUAAAUCCGGAGUUCGGUCUCUUCAUCACGAUGAAUCCAGGGUAUGCGGGAAGACAGGAGCUCCCAGAGAACUUGAAAAUCAUGUUUCGGUCCGUGGCUAUGAUGGUCCCUGAUCGGCAGAUUAUUAUGCGCGUCAAACUGGCCAGCUGCGGUUUUAAGGACAACGUCAUACUAGCGAGAAAAUUCUUCACCCUGUACAAGCUCUGCGAGGAACAACUCUCGAAGCAGGUGCAUUACGAUUUCGGUUUGCGUAACAUUCUGUCCGUGCUGAGAACGCUGGGUGCGCAGAAGCGAGCGAAUCCUACCGAUACAGAGGAAACGAUCGUUAUGCGCGUAUUGCGCGAUAUGAAUGUGUCGAAACUUGUCGAUGAGGAUGAGCCACUCUUUAUUUCACUGAUCGAGGAUCUGUUUCCGGGCAUCAAACUAAGCACCUCCAGCUACAAGGAACUGCAGAAAGCCAUAGCGAAUAGUGCAGAGUCUCUUGGACUGAUGAACCAUCCCGAAUGGAAUUUGAAAGUAAUACAACUAUACGAAACGUCACUUGUGCGACACGGUCUCAUGACUCUAGGACCAACCGGAGCGGGCAAGACGCAGUGUAUUCUGACCCUGUUGAAGAGUUUUACAGAGCUUGGCAUGCCGCAUAAAGAGAUACGAAUGAACCCGAAAGCGAUCACGGCCCCACAGAUGUUUGGUAGACUCGACGUAGCCACUAAUGACUGGACGGAUGGUAUCUUCUCGACCCUGUGGCGACGAACACUGAAGGUGAAGAAAACGGACUUUGUGUGGCUUGUGUUAGACGGACCAGUUGAUGCGGUAUGGAUUGAGAACUUGAAUUCCGUGCUAGACGAUAACAAAACACUUACGCUAGCCAACGGCGAUCGCAUUACGAUGGCACCGAACGCAAAGCUGGUCUUUGAGCCAGAUAAUGUAGACAAUGCGUCACCGGCCACCGUCAGUCGCAUGGGCAUGGUGUUUAUGAGUGCAUCCGUCAUGAAGUGGGAACCAAUUUUGAACGGUUGGCUCAAAACUAAGCCACCAGAGCAGAGCGAUCUGCUGCGGCGGUUGUUCCUCAAAAUCUAUAACGACUUGCACGACUUUGUCCAAACGAAACUGAAGGCCAAAAUGAAGAUACUGGAAGCAAUCUACAUUCGACAGUGUUGUGAUCUUCUGGAGGAUUUGGCUCCACAAAGUGAAAACGAACCCAUAGAUUUUACCGAUGCUCAUGUGGAGAGACUGUUUUUGUUUUCACUGAUGUGGUCAUUAGGUGCCGUACUGGAACUGGAGGAUCGCGAGAAAAUAGGAGAGUUUAUAGCAAAGCACCCGUCUAAAAUGAAAUGGCCAAAGCUACAGCCGGGAGAGACCAUUUUCGAAUAUGUCGUAUCAGCAGAGGGUAAUUGGCAACAUUGGAACGAUCGUGUGGAGGAGUAUAUCUACCCUAAUGACACUGUACCCGAAUUCGCUAGUAUCCUAGUGCCAAACGUGGACAAUGUGCGCACCUCAUUCCUGAUCGAUUUGGUGGCUAGACAGAGUAAAGCGGUUCUGCUGAUUGGCGAACAAGGCACCGGAAAAACCGUCAUGAUCAAGGGUUAUAUGUUGCAAUACGAUCCCGAAUACCACCUGUCGAAAAGCUUCAACUUUUCUUCCGCCACUACGCCAAACAUGUUUCAGCGUAUUAUCGAGUCGUACGUGGAGAAGCGCGUCGGUACAACUUACGGUCCACCUCAACAACGUAAGAUGUCCAUCUUCAUUGACGAUGUAAACAUGCCGAUCGUCAACGAGUGGGGCGACCAAGUGACGAACGAGAUCGUACGUCAACUGAUGGAGAAUCGGGGCUUCUACUCAUUGGACAAACCUGGCGAUUUCCUAACCGUGCUAGACAUUCAAAUGCUAGCCGCUAUGAUUCAUCCGGGCGGUGGCAGAAAUGACAUACCGCCGCGCCUAAAACGCCAGUUUUGCAUUUUUAACUGUGCCAUUCCAAGCAACAAGUCGAUGGAUAAGAUAUUCGGUGUGCUUGGCGAAGGAUACUUUUGCGACACACGGUUCAACGACGAGCUGGUCCGGUUUAUUCCUCGGCUUGUGCCGCUGACACGAAAAAUCUGGCAGGCGACAAAAGUGAAGAUGCUUCCGACGCCGGCCAAAUUCCACUACGUGUUCAACCUUCGAGAUCUUUCACGAAUUUGGGAAGGCAUGCUGAAAAUAAAAUCCGAACAGUGUGAUACGAUUCGUAUAGCCGUCAACCUCUGGAGACACGAAUGUACACGGGUGAUAGCGGAUCGGUUUACCAAUUUUGAGGAUCGUAAUUGGUUUGUGGAAAAUUUGCGAUCGACUGCUGAAAAGGAACUUGGACCUGACUUUGAACACUACCAGGAAGAAGAACAGUUUUUCGUGGACUUUCUACGAGAUGCACCCGAACCAACUGGUGAGGAAGGCGACGAUGUCAGUCUAGAACCACCCAAGCUGUACGAAGAAAUGCCCGGAUUCGAAGAAACAACAGCACGAGUUAAAAUGUUUCUCGAGCAGUACAACGAGCAGAUACGCGGAGCCACAAUGGAUUUGGUGUUCUUCCGUGACGCCCUAAUCCAUAUGAUGAUCAUCUCACGUAUAAUUGGCACUCCGCGUGGCAACGCGCUGCUAGUCGGUGUUGGUGGCUCAGGAAAACAGAGCUUAACUCGUCUGGCAUCAUUCAUAGCUGGGUACAAGUUUUACCAAAUCACUCUGACUAGAGCGUAUAAUGUGAACAACCUUAUGGAAGAUCUCAAGUAUUUGUAUCGCGUGUCCGGCGUUGACGGUCAGGGGAUAACAUUCAUAUUCACCGAUAACGACAUCAAGGACGAAGGAUUUCUGGAGUAUAUCAACAACGUACUCAGUUCUGGCGAAAUUGCUAACCUAUUUCCGAAGGAUGAAAUUGAUCAAAUCACGAAUGAGCUAAUACCGGUGAUGAAAAAAGUCGACCCCAGGCGAAUCCCGACGCAGGACAAUCUGUACGAUUUCUUCAUCUCCAGAGCUCGCGCCAAUCUGCAUAUCGUCCUCUGUUUCUCGCCAGUCGGAGAAAAGUUCCGCAACCGGUCGCUGAAGUUCCCCGGCCUCAUCUCGGGCUGUACCAUCGAUUGGUUCCAGCGUUGGCCCGAGGAUGCGCUCAUUGCUGUGUCGACGCAUUUCCUACGCGACUACAAUAUCGUCUGCACGGCUGACGUAAAGGUGCGCCUAAUCGAAAUUAUGGCUUUCGUACAGAACCGUGUUGCAGAAGUGUGCAUCGAAUACUUUGAACGAUUCCGACGCCAAGCACACGUGACGCCCAAAUCGUUCCUUUCGUUCUUGGAAGGUUACAAGGUGAUCUACAGACAGAAGCACGAAAAUAUUGCCAUUCUAGCAGGGCGCAUGCAAACUGGUCUGGUGAAGCUUAUCGAGGCAGCUGAAUCCGUCGAUGUGCUGCGCGUAGAGCUGGAGGAAAAGGAGAAAGAUAUCGUCAUUGCAACAAAAGCGGCAGAGGUGGUGUUAGCCUCCGUGACAGAGUCCCAGCGUGCGGCCGAGUUAGUAAAGGCGGACGUAAUGGUGGUUAAAAACAAAGCCGACAUACUGGUAGAGCAAAUCCAGGCCGAUACAAUGAUUGCAGAGGAAAAGCUGGAGGCUGCAAGACCAGCGCUGGAACAAGCCGAGGCUGCCUUGAAAACUGUAACUGGCGCCGAUAUUGCGACGGUACGAAAGCUGGGCAAACCACCUUAUUUGAUCACACUGAUCAUGGACGUUGUGCUCAUACUGUUUGGAAGAAGAGUGGCCCCUGUGAAGCCAGAUGAGGAGCGCCAAUUCAUGCUGGCAUCCUGGGAACAGUCGCUCAAGGUAAUGGCCGACACAGGCUUUCUGGGAAAAAUUGUUCGUUACCAGGCGGAUCUCAUCAACGCCGAAACAGUUGAUCUUAUGAUGCCGUACUUCAACUACCACCUAUACACGUUUGAGGCGGCCAAAGCAGCUUGCGGCAAUGUGGCAGGUUUGCUCAAGUGGACUGUGGCGAUGGCCGACUUCUACGACGUAAAUAAGGAUGUUUUGCCCUUGAAGGCCAACUUGGCCCGACAGCAGAAGAAGCUAGAUAUUGCCAUGGCCGAGAAAGCCGCUGCGGAGGCACUGCUAAAAGCGAAAGAAGAGGAACUGGCCGUUGUGCAACAAAUGUUUGACGAGGCAAUGGCAAAGAAGAAAGCAGUCCUGGAUGAUGCGAAACAAUGUCAAGAUAAGAUGGACGCAGCGUCAGCACUGAUUGAUGGACUAGCAGACGAACGAGUGCGCUGGACGGAACAAUUAGAACAAUUUAAAGACGAAACCGAACGGCUUGUAGGAGAUGUCCUCAUUUUGACCGGCUUCCUUUCAUACACUGGACCGUUCAAUCAGGAGUAUCGUACAGUGCUGCAGACGAAUUGGCAAAGCGAACUGAGCAGGCGCAGGAUUCCAGUAUCUAGAAGCAUCAAUAUCACAGAGAGUCUUACCGAUCCUGCCACCAUUGGAGAGUGGAACCUGCAGGGACUACCAAAUGACGAGCUUUCGAUUCAAAACGGAAUCAUUGUUACAAAAGCAGCCCGCUUCCCACUGCUGAUAGAUCCACAGUCACAAGGAAAAAUGUGGAUAAGAAAUAAGGAAAACGACUUUGGGCUAGUGGUAACCUCUCUGAACCACAAGUACUUUCGAAACCACAUCGAGGACUGUGUCUCACUUGGCUAUCCGAUGCUGAUAGAGGACAUCGGCGAAGAACUUGAUCCCGUGCUAGAUAAUGUGUUGGAGAAGAACUUUAUCAAAAUGGGCAACACGUACAAGGUAAAAGUAGGCGACAAGGAGGUGGAUGUGAACGAUUCAUUCCGCAUGUACAUGACCACAAAGCUACCGAACCCGCUUUACACGCCGGAAGUAUCGGCUCGAACGUCGAUAAUUGAUUUUACCGUAACGAUGCGAGGGCUGGAGGAUCAAUUGCUCGGCCGGGUGAUUCUUACAGAGAAGCGCGAGCUCGAAUCGGAACGAACCAACUUGAUUAAAGACGUCACCGCCAAUCGUCGUAAAAUGCAGGAGUUGGAAGCCAAUCUGCUACACAAGCUGUCCACCACACAGGGCAGCCUGGUAGACGAUGUAACGGUUAUCGGAGUGCUGAAUACCAGCAAGAUAACUUCGAUAGAAGUACGCGAGAAGCUGAAGAUUGCUCGAGAAACGGAGAUUAAAAUCAAUCGAGCUCGUGAAGAGUAUCGACCGGUGGCCGCACGAGGCAGUGUGCUAUACUUUCUCAUAUGCAGUAUGACCAUGGUGAACAACAUGUAUCAAACGUCGCUGGUACAGUUCCUGGAACGGUUUGAUAUCUCAAUGUUACGCUCCGACCGACAUCCGGUACCAACCAGGCGCAUCAACAACAUCAUCGAAUACCUCACAUACGACAUUUUCCGCUAUGUUUGCCGCGGCUUGUAUGAAGUACACAAAUACCUUUUCGUCCUUCUGAUGGCGCUAAACAUUGAUCUGGAUCGAAAAACCGUUACGCACGCAGAGUUCCAAACGUUCAUCAAGGGAGGAGCUGCGUUGGACAUAAACACAUGUCCAGAGAAACCAUACAAAUGGAUCGCCGACGUGACCUGGCUAAAUUUGGUGCAACUCUCCAAACUUGACCAUUUCGGUGCUAUUUUGGACAGCAUACGCAACAAUGAGAAGGGUUGGAAAGCAUGGUUCUCCAAGGAAGCACCCGAAGAAGAGCCGUUACCACCGGAAGGCGGGUAUCAGUCAAUGGAUGCCUUCCGACGACUGCUGCUGAUACGGGCCUGGUGCCCGGACAGAACGCUAUUUCAAAGCCGUCGGUAUCUUGGCAUGUCGCUGGGUGAGCGGUUUGCAGAUCCAGUUAUCAUCAAUUACGACGCAUUGCUAGAAGAAAGCCGUCCUCUGACACCGUUAGUAUGCUUUUUGUCCAUGGGUUCCGAUCCCACGCCAAGCAUUGAAAAUUUGGCCAAAAAGAACGGGUUCAAGUGCCGCUCAAUUUCUAUGGGUCAAGGGCAGGAAGUGCAUGCGCGCAAGCUUGUGGGCAGCUCAUUGGAAGAAGGUUCCUGGGUGUUGCUACAGAAUUGCCAUCUCGGAUUAGAGUACAUGAACGAGCUGAUGCUGCAGAUAUUGGAUUUGGAACGAGCCGGCCCCACGGCGUAUCAUGAAAAUUUCCGCAUUUGGAUGACGACCGAACCGCAUCCCCUGUUCCCGAUCACAUUUCUACAGAUGUCUUUGAAAUUCACCAACGAACCACCGUCCGGAGUGAAGGCCGGUUUGAAACGCACCUACGCAUCGAUGUCCAUAGAGAUGUUUGAGUACAGCGAUUCCCCGCUCUAUGUGCCACUGAUAUACGGCAUAUCUUUUCUACACACGGUUGUGCAGGAACGACGAAAGUUUGGACCGCUGGGGUGGAAUAUUCCCUAUGAAUUCAAUUCGGCAGAUUGGCUGGCAAGUUGCAUGUUUGUGCAGAACCAUCUGGACGCACUGGAUCCUAAGGUCGGUCGCGUUAGCUGGAAGACGAUGCGUUACAUGUUGGGAGAGGUGCAAUACGGUGGACGCGUUACCGACGACUACGACAAGCGGCUGCUCAACACCUUCGCCCGCGUUUGGUUUUCCGACGCAAUGUUUGAGGAAACAUUCCGCUUCUUCCGUGAGUAUCGUAUCAUGCGCUUCAAGACUAUCGAGGAAUAUCUUGAGGCAAUAGACAACAUGCCGCUCGUGGAUCCUCCGCAAGUUUAUGGAUUGCACUCGAACGCAGACAUUACGUACCAAAGCAAUACAACGAAAGAAAUUUUAGAUACAAUUCUAUCGAUCCAACCAAAAGAAUCAUCUGGCGGCGGCGGUGAGACUCGUGAAGUGACGGUAGCAAGGAUGGUGCAUGACAUGUUAGGCAAGGUCCCUCCUCCCUACGACCCGUACGCAGUAAAGGAGCGAUUACGCAUCAUGGGCCAUCAAGAGUCGAUGAAUAUCUUUUUACGCCAAGAAAUCGAUCGCAUUCAGCGCAUCUUAUUGCUCGUACGACAAACACUGGACGAUCUGCUGCUAGCUAUCGACGGAGUCAUUAUUAUGAACGAGCAGCUUCGAGAUGCAUUGGACAACAUCUACGAUGCCCGUGUACCGACCGUCUGGAAGCGGGGUAGUUGGGCUUCGGCGUCGCUUGGUUUUUGGUUCACCGAACUGAUCGAGCGAAACACACAAUUCUAUAACUGGUGUUUCCGGAAACGGCCCAACAUGUUCUGGAUGACCGGAUUUUUCAACCCGCAAGGAUUUCUAACGGCCAUGCGACAGGAAGUGGCCCGCGCACACAAAGGGUGGGCGUUGGAUAUGAUCACGCUUCACAACGACGUCACACAGAUGCUCACCGAGGAGUGCAAGGUAACGCCACCAGAAGGAGUGUAUGUUUAUGGUCUGUAUAUCGACGGAGCUGGAUGGGACAAACGAUUCAUCCGGCUGCAGGAAGCUACCAACAAAGUUCUCUACUCACCCAUGCCCGUUAUCCAUGUUUACGCUAUUAACUCCACGGCGCCGAAGGAUCCAAAGCUUUACGAGUGUCCAGUUUACAAGAAAGCCAAUCGAACUGAUUUGAAUUACAUUACGCCACUGUGGCUACAAACAGCCAAACCACCGGAACAUUGGGUUCUCCGCGGAGUUGCCCUUUUGUGUGAUAUCAAAUAAGCGGAUGCACUGCUCACUAACACCCGGCAUCGAAAAAGCACUCAUGUAAACAAAGGCACUAAAAUUUGUUGAUGAAAAGUUAGCUUCAAAAUCCGGCACACAGGCCGCUUGUAAAACUAUGAAUAAACACUUUAUUAUUACGCAUUAUACGCAACUAAACAAUCGCUAAUCGUUUUGUUGUGGUAUUUGCACUACAAAUGAUAAAUAUACUACUUUGUUUUGCGAAGUUCACAAGCCACGCGGUUUCUUCCUGAAAUUGUUUUGUCCUUCGCGUUUGUGUACGUGCUCUCGAUGUGCGGGUUUGUUGUUGCCGCGCUCGGUUGAUUGUCAAACGAGCAAAUGAUCCAACCUUGUCGUUUGACGUUUUCCGUUUCGCAUGAUUUUGAAACGACCGUUACGGUAUCGUGAAAGAUAUAAUAACAGGAAAAUAUUUAAAAUAGAAGCUUUUUCAUGGAUCAUUAUUGUAUUGGUUAUUUCCAGAACGUAAAAUAUUGUAUGUAUAAUGAAAUAUUCAGGUUAUGAACAAAAAAGGAAAAAAGGCAACGAAACAGUUUGCUUUACAGGAAUAAACAUUUGCAUAUUGCGUGCAUGUGCAAUGUACUGAAUAAUCUGAGAAAUCUUCAAUAAAUAAAUUUAUGAGAGUUGAACGCCUAAGGUCAAAUGGCGAGUUUUUAAGUUUCUUUUUAAAUAAAAGAAUAAUUACCUUCUUGCCUUGGUCUCAGUCAGUUAACUAAAAAUCUUGGUUUCACUUUUCGUUCGCCAUGGCACGACUAACUUUUUCGAUUCGUGCCGGUCAUUCGUGUUUCUUUUGCUUUGCUGCAACUGUAUCGUACCGCACCACAUGCAAUGUUUGACUAUGAAUGAAAUUUCAAAACAGCUAGCACAGAAAAAAUGAAAUGUAUGUCCUUUUUUUAAAUUUGUAAUUUUCAUGCAGAACUGCCGGGUUUAAUUCAAUGUUCUCUAGUCUUCCGUUGUUUUCGCAUUUAUUGACUAACCAAAGGCAGUGGUGUGUAAUAUGUGAACCAUGCGAUCGAACCGUUUUGCUCUACCGUGAUCGUGAUACAGUAACGUAUGGUAUUACUUCCGGAAUUAUGACGACAGUUGCUUCGGAAAUAGCCAUAACAGUCGUCAUCACGUAGCUAGAAGGGAAAACAAAAAGGAAAUCCGAGCAAUGUCUGACAUCCGGCGUUCGACACCGGUUUGAGCUGAGCACCAUAUUGAGGCUGCCGCACAGACUUUUCAUAUUGCCGCUACACGAUCGAUACAUGCUACAUCAUGCCUUAUUGCAGCAGUGCGGAAGAUAAAUCCGGAUCGAUGGCCUUCCCUCCGGAACGGCGUUGGUUGAUGACCUUCACAUUUGAAGGUAUCGAACUAACUUCAGCCAGUUAGUUAGAAAUAAUGCUACUUUGACAAUAAUUAAUCUGACAGCGAAAGUUGUCGUAUGGUAUGCAAGUUGAUUCCACGUAGAAUCACCUCACAAAUCGUCUUACAAAUUUACGAAACACGUCGCUAGAUCAAGUAUCGAUCGUAAUGUUUCCGAAUCGUCCAACUUAAGUGAGACACCAAAUGCUACACGCACAUACCUGCUCUCUGCUACGAAAAAGGGGUUUAUGGGAGGGAUAGGAUUGGCUGGUCGCUGAACUUGCAACUUUUGUUGCUCGACACGCACUUCUCCCGCGGGAGUGAACCAACCAUCGACGUCAACACGCUGCCAGGGUAGGUGUUCAAUUUUGACUCUUCGUCAUUCUCGUCAGAGCCACGCAAUGUUUUGUUAGCACAGUCACACUAUCAAAAAUCUCUCAGACCAGUGCCAUAGCGCAUUCUAAUGCAAAUAUUUCAAUUACACACCUCUUGGCCAUAAAUUAUGCAAAUAGUACGACACAAAAAGAGGGGGGAAAUAACCUCCCAAACGGCAGAGCCCCAUUUACAGAAUCGACAUCCGGGGAAACAAUGGACGUUCGUUCGUUUGCUCUUGUCGGUGAUGGAGAGAUCGAAUUCGGUCUCAUGCUGCUUUUUGGUAUAUUCCUACGCACCUUGUUCCAUAUUCAGUGCAACCCCUACAAACGACGAAGUGCAAUAUGGACAGCAUCUUGGGCAGAACUCACACUAGAACAUGUUGAAGGUCGUUCAAUUCACGGCACUUUACAAUGAAAGGUAUCGCAUGCUCGUGGACCAUUUGCCUAGAAGGGCUGCUUGCGACUUGCGCGAGAGCACGUUCAUCAAAGAGAAUGGGCUGGAGAAACUUCUUCCACCAACCCGUACGCGAGAUAGCCGCUGGAGAGCCAUCUCCCCUUUGGCCUUUGAUAACGGUAAACGGAAGUAGGCAAGAAAAGGUGCGAGAUGAAGAUGACGGAAGAAACUAAAGGUCUGAAGUCCAUCUCGUACUAUCCCUCCCUUGGAGCACCAAGGCAUCCUCCAAUGUCAGUCUCGCUUAACCUGAUGGCAGUUUGAAGACACAAGGCAGAAAAUGUGUCUUGAUCUAUAGCGUUGAAAUUAUUUUCGCAAAAUGAAGAACUUUAAACAACGAGUAUCCAGAUGUGCCUGUUUGUAUUAGAUGCAAUUUGAAAAAUGAUCACGCACGAUCAGGGGGUGGCGAUCGUGGAUCGGAACUGGUUGAGAAACACUGCAUCGUACUUCCACAGCGCGCUUCCCAUCGAGCGCCACACAGCGGUCGUAUUUUCAUUUGCCAAUCCGACGGCGUACAGUCAGCAACGCAUUCCUGCCGUGUUCUGCUGCUUCUGCUGCUGAUGGGCAAACCGGUGCAUUCGCUCACGUGAGGCUGAGAAAAACACACGCACGAACGCGCGAACGCCACAGUGCAAACCGGCAAAAUCCGAGUGAAGGCUGUAAAGUGCUGCGUGGAAGCCGCGAGAUUCGACGCAAAGAAUACUUACGCUCACACACGUACUUGUUGUUAACAAGAUUUAAUUCGAAACCAAACAUACACGGACCUUCAUUCUGGUCCACUGCAUAGAAGCA